AUGUGUAUCAAUUGUGGUAAAUGCUACAUGACAUGUAACGAUUCGGGCUAUCAAGCCAUUUCGUUCAACAAGGAAACUCACAUACCAAAAGUUAAUGAAGAUGAUUGCACUGGUUGUACUCUGUGCUACAGGUAA